AUGUCCGUCACAGCCAAGACGUGGACUCUGGGCGUCCCGGAUAGGGAGCGCCUCAUCAAGGCUGCGUCCGAAGCGAAGGAGUUUGCCUACUGCAAGUACUCCAACUUCCGGGUCGGCGCUGCGCUGCUUGCGGCGGACGGGUCGAUUAUUAAGGGAGCGAACAUCGAGAAUGCAUCGUACGGUGGGACGAUAUGUGCUGAGCGAACCGCGAUAGUCAAGGCAGUCAGCGAAGGCACACGAGCCUUCGUUGCGCUAGCGCGACGUCCCUUCUGCCAUUUCGCCAUGCGGAUUUGCCGCCAAGUCCUCCGCGAAUUCUGCGCGUUGACGAUGCCGGUCCUGCUGGUACCUUCGAACUACGAGAAGCUCGUCGCAGAGGGAAAGGCGGACGGUGGUGUGUUGGAAACGAGUAUCGAGGAGUUGUUGCCGCAUAGCUUCGGGCCGGAGCACUUGGAGUUGCCCAGGCAGUCAUGA